AGCGGUCUUCAUGAUACAACGACAGCACGACGUUGACAGCCGACAUAGUAGACUUGCAUACAAUUAUGAUAAUGUUCCUGCAUCCGGCUCGCAAUAUGAGAAACGGGGAAUCUCAUCCUCGAGAUCACAACCUUGCGUAUACGUAGAGUGUUCACUCAGCCUCUAGAUUCUUGACAAGCCUCUAACAAUGGAUUGCUCCAUCAAUUUAUCUGGAAUUGAUAUGAAUGACCCCGAGACCGUGGCAGUAUAUACUCGGCUUGUUCGAUUUCAGUCGGAUAUAUUCUCGGAAGAAAUAGCAUUUGGCGAUCCGGACAGUUCUCUACGGAGAAUAAUCCAUGAUUUGGCUCAUCGCCUAGGCUUGGAAUUUGAAUUCUCCUUGCUCACUAGAUGCGCAAGAGUUACGAGACCAAUCCCUGCAAAUCCCUAUUAUACUAGUAAAGACCAGGUCUUCACACCUUCUACUCUCAAUGGAUGCGAUACUGCAGGCUAUCCAGUCUGGUUCUAUGCUGGAGCGCAGACUGGAGAGAUUGACUUUGUUGCCGAAACCAUUGUAUCUGAAGCCAGGUCUCCAGCUACUUUCGCAUAUCCUGGUCUAGAUUUGUCCUCUAGCAAAGUGGAUAACACGAGCCUGUCAACAACUUCUACCUCAAACUAUGCGAGCUACUAUGGCUCUAUUGAUACGAGUCCAGCAUUGGGCUUGUUGGCCGGCCCCACCAGUUCGGCUACCAGUACCGGAAAGAUAGACCACCCAAGAGCGUUCAACAACUCAUCCGUCAAAAGAUCGAACUCAGCUGCAUCUACAUGCUCCAAGAAUCAGGAGACAGUCUUUGACGCACGCGCGGGGCAAUCCGUCUCAUCUAGGUCUUCGCCAUCUGUGCGGAGAGGUACAAUGGACUCGACGUCUCGAGAGUCAAUGAAAGCAGUGAAAGCUGUUGGAGCAUGCUGGAGAUGCAAGUACCUGAGAAAGACUUGCGAAACCUCCGACCCGUGCGAGGCCUGUCCGAAGCCAUCCCAGAAGUCCACGAACACGAAUUGGGGGCUCGUUGGAUGCAGACGUGGCCCAUUUGCAGAUCAUCUGCCAGUGAUACGUCUUUGCACGGGAACAGGCGCUAAGACUACGAUAGAUCAAGAUGUGCGGAGUCAAGGAGAAUCAAUGCGUGAAGGACAGAACUCGCCAGCCGUCAACAGCGAUAACUCAUUCUGGAAGGCCCAGACCAAAGAGCGGAAUGAUGACAUUGAAUCGAUAAAGGCAGCUGAUGAUCCCGAGAAAAAGUUCUUCGAAUUGAUAUUCGGACAUGCUGAGAGCAUCAAAUGCUGGAAGCCACUGCACAGACUCCAAUAGAAACGGACUUGCGAUUCUUGCCAACCUUUCUUGGCGAAAUCAAUUAGAAACCUGGACGAAUGUAUUAUUGCUAUACUCUGGGAAGCAAGCCGCUGUAAUUUAUCUCAAGACGUACUGACUGCUGGUAAAACUUCAAUCUUGUCCAAUUUAUGGGAUGCAGCAGCAUUUUUUCGCUCGGCUUCAUCGUAUCAAUCCGAAUACAAGAGCAAUAAUUUGAUCACGCUCGCGCUUGACUGUCUGCGAAACUGCCUUGAGCUUUUGCGCUUAACCAACUCAGUGUGUAAUCACAAGUUCGUCCAUCAAGAUUGCGAUAA